UGCCUAAAGAAGAAAACAUUCUGAAACCAGAAUUGUAAGGCAUUCUCUAUUAGUUUAAUUAUGAAGAUGAAGAAAAGUUAGAAAAAUUUAGUGGAAAUAUGGGAAUAUGCAUAUGACCGUGAUGUAGAGCAUAAUUAAAUUACUGAAAGAAAGGCUACUGCCGGCCUCUGCGGCAACACUGAGCUCUCUUUCUCGCUGUGUUCCAUGGAAGUCCAAGCCAAGUAAAGCAGUUGGUCGAUUCAGGACUCGUCUCCGCAUUCAUGGAUUCAGCUAACCCCUCACCGGUGCGAGUCCUAAUUCGCUCACCAUCAUCCCCUACACCCACCACCUCAUCUCCCUCUCCAAUCCCCUCCGCGCCGCCGCCCGACCCGCCUCCGUCCUCGUCGCUGCAGCCACGCCCUUCUGAGAACGUCGUUGUUGUGGGCUUCAUUGGGCGCAGACCCGACGACGUAUCCCACCUCAUGAAUCGGAUCCUUGACCUGAAUGCGUUCGGGUCGGGCAAUCUGGAGAAGGGUUUGUGUAUCGAGAAAGAGGAAGUGAAAGGGUGGUUCGAGAGUAGGAGAAUUAGCUAUUACCACGAUGAGGAAAAGGGGAUUUUGUUUUUGCAGUAUUGUUCCACUGGGUGUCCGGCGAUGGAAGGGUUUUUGCAGACGGAUUGGGGUUUCGAUUCGGCUUUGGAGGAACGCGAGUUUGGGGACCUUCAAGGAAUGCUCUUCAUGUUCGCUGUUUGCCAUGUAAUCAUAUAUAUUCAGGAGGGUUCGCGCUUUGAUACCCAAGUUUUGAAAAAAUUUCGAGUGUUACAAGCUGCUAAGCACAGUUUGGCUCCAUUUGUGAGAUCCCGAACUACACCAACAUCAAUAUCUACAUCUAGACCUCCAUCGUCACGACCGUCUUUAUCAGCCACCUCCUCUAAUAAUCCUUCUCCAGGCAGAGGUGGUGGCAGUUCAAAUCGUAACACUUCAUCUAUUUCUCUCAUGUCAGGUUUAGGUUCUUAUGCAUCUUUGUUUCCAGGACAGUGUAAUCCAGUCACCCUGUUUGUUUUUCUGGAUGAUUUUUCAGAUGUGCUUAAUCCCACUUCUAAUGUAGACGAGUCAACAGAUAACUCAUUUAACCAAUCUUCUAGUUUGAGCAAUUUAGCUAGGCCAAGCCUGCCCACAAAAGGUUCUGGUUCAGUUGUUGUGCUAGCUCGCCCUGGAAGUAAAUCAGAAGGCGGUUUCAGGAAGAAACUGCAGUCAUCUCUUGAAGCACAGAUUCGUUUUUUGAUUAAAAAAUGCCGAACACUCACAGGAUCUGAAACUCAUUCUGCGUCAAGGGGUGGGGGCGUUUCAAGUUCAGCACCUUUAUUUUCACUUGAUGCAUCAAGGGCUGUUUCACUGUUAGACAGAUCUACCAACCAGAAAGGUGAAUCUCUUGAAUUUGCUACUGCCCUUGUGGAAGACGUUUUGAAUGGAAAGGCAACCUCAGAUUCUCUUUUGCUCGAAAGCCAUAGUCAAAAUGCAAACAAAGAGGACAUUCUAUCUGUAAAAGAGUUCAUUUACAGGCAGUCUGAUAUCUUAAGAGGGAGAGGGGGGUUAGUCACUAACACCAACAGUGGCUCAGCUGCUGGUGUUGGUAUGGUGGCUGUUGCUGCGGCUGCUGCUGCUGCCUCAGCUGCUUCAGGAAAGACAUUUACUACUCCUGAACUUCCAAGUUUGGAGAUCUGGUUAUCUUCUAGCCAACUUAUUCUACAAGGAGUUCUCUCAGCAAAACGUGGAUGCAUAGAUGAAAUUGAAAUGACUAAAAGGAAACCCCGUCAACGUAACAAUGUGCCACCACAGAUUGAAGGGAUAACUACAAAAGGUGCAGAUCCUCUUGACAUUGCAGUAUCUUGGCUGGAAAGUGGUAAAGAACUAAACAUGAAGUUUUCAACUUUGUGGUGUGAAAGAGCCUUGCCGGCUGCUAAGGAGGUUUACUUGAAAGACUUGCCAGCUCUUUAUCCAACUUCACUGCAUGAAGCCCACUUAGAGAAGACUUUACAUGCCUUCCGCUCAAUGGUUAAGGGACCUGCAGUGCAACUCUUCACAAAAAAGCUGGAGGAUGAAUGCACAUCUAUCUGGAGAUCCGGGAGGCAACUAUGCGAUGCUGUUAGUUUGACAGGAAAACCCUGUAUGCACCAGAGACAUGAUAUUGAAACCGGUGGCUCACUUUUAGGGACAGCAGUCAAGCCACAUUCUAGUGGAUUUGUUUUCCUUCAUGCUUGUGCUUGUGGCCGUUCACGGAAGCUGCGUGCUGACCCUUUUGAUUUUGAAACAGCCAAUAUUACUUCCAAUUGUUUUCCAGACUGUGACAGGUUUCUUCCUGCACUCCAAUUACCAAAAAUGAUCGAUGCAGGACCAAUUCAACCCCUAUCAUGGAAUUUGAUUCGAGUUGGUGGGACAAAGUACUAUGAACCUUCUAAAGGCUUACUUCAGAGUGGGUUCCAUGCCACUCAAAAGUUUCUUUUGAAAUGGAUAAUUUUUUUAGAGAAACAUAGAAUCCAAAAUGGUUCUCCAGUAAGUGCUGUGCAACAGGGUUCUCUAAUCAGGUCAAGUAUAGACCCCAAUGUUGACUUGAUUGCCAAUGUAGAGAUAAAGAAAGCUGGUGCUUUUCAAUUGUACCAACGAGACACACACAAUACAGUUGAAAAUGAAAGAAAACCUUUGGAGGAUAUUAAGUCUGAUGAUAAAAAAAUCAGCUUUGGUAGAGGUCUUCCCAAGUUUACAAUGAGAAAACCUUUUUCUGAGGUUGUUGCUGGAUCAGCAACAGUUGAUUCAGGAUUUCCUCCUCUUCAGCAGAUGAAACAGCCUUCAUUAGGUUCAGAAAAGGGUAUCAAGCAAAGUAGUGCUAGGGAUAGGAGUGCUGAACAGGUUCAUGAAACUGCUGAUUUUCAAGGCUCUCAAAAAUUGGAAGAAUAUUCUUCUGUUCUGGAAACCUUAAAUGGGAGCAAUGCUAAUGGCUACACAGGUAGUGACCCAUUUUUACAAAUAGGUAGUAAUUUAAUUCCAGUGACCGUAAAUGGUGGUGGAAAUAUCAAAUUAAACACUUCUUUGAAGCAUGUAGCAGUGUAUGUUGGAUUUGAGCAUGAAUGCCCCCAUGGACAUCGUUUUAUACUCACGCCACAGCAUCUAAAUGAACUUGGAUCCUCACAUUCAUUCCCUGAAGAUUCCCAUUUGUCUGCAUCUAUGGAAAAUUUGGAUCACAAAGUGGCAGAUCCUCCAAAAUUGGGAAAGAAUGGUGGACAUGGCAAAGGUCAUCGACACUCAAAUGGGAUGGCUGCUACUGCUACAAAUAAGCUGAGAAAUUUUGAUAAGUCAAAAGAGACAUUGGCUAAUGGCAGUCAGCACUUAGAUGCUCUGGUGCAGUUCUCAGGACUAGGAAGGGAACAGAACCAGACAUCAAUUGGCUCGUCAACACUCCCUAAUUCUGUAAAAGAUCUUGGAGAAAGCAUGCAGUCUGUUAACCUUGAUGAUGGUGGAGGUGCUUUCUCCCUUUUGAAUAGAAAUUUACCAAUAUACAUGAACUGCCCACACUGCAAGUUCUCCAAGAAUAAGAAGGAUCUGUCAAAUGUUAAGUUUGCGGGCGCAAUAUCACAGCUUCAAAGGAUUUUUCUGGUCACACCUCCGUUUCCAGUAAUCUUAGCAACAUGCCCGGUUGUACAGUUUGAGGCAUCUUGCCUGCCUCCAUCCAUUCCAGACCGUGAGAAACAAUUGCAGUUCAGCCUUGGAUGUCGUGUGAUCCUACCACCAGAGAGUUUCCUUACACUUAGACUCCCAUUUGUCUAUGGUGUACAACUGGAGGAUAGAAGUUUGCUUCCUCUUAACCCUUUUGAUCAUCAGCCCGAACUAACUGCCUGGAUUACCAAGGGCACAACAUUGCAGAUCAUGUCCAAGGGAAGCAAUCUAGAUGAGCAGUUUGGAACGUAAUACAAGAGUACUGUGACCUAAAAAUUUGGUCCUUCCAUGCUGAGUUUGCAGAAGCAGAUUUGUAUCAGCAGCUCCAUCAUGCAUCAGCUAUGAUCCAUAUAUUAUCUAACAAUGGAUCAAAUGAGGGUAGCCCAAUGAAAUGGAAUUAGUCACUGAAGCUCAAAACCAUGGAUGUGUAUGCAGGAUAAAUGUUUCAUGGAUCAACAUGAUGGUGCAUUUGGUAUGAGUAACCACCAGAAGAUGAAAAAGGGCAAAUAUGAGAAUGUUCAGUUGUCACCAGGAUGAUUUUGACCUCUAGAUGGCUGGUGUAUGGGUUAGACGGUAUUUCCUAUCUUUGCGUUUUCAUCUCCAUGCAUUGUUGCUUAUGAUGCCCAUGUGCACCUGUACAUACCGGAUGCAAUUAUUCUAUUUUGCUCAAUAUGAAUGAAGUUGUGAAGUUGUGGUGCAAACCACACAGAUCCUGGAGCAUGCUUGCAGAGACAUGACGGAAAGUGCUACAAGUUAAGAGAGAUGUAAUUUUGUAGGGCUACAGCUAAUUCUUUCACGAUUCAGCUGAUGUUGUCACCUUCUUCCAUUAAUACUUGUUUCAGAAUUGAUGUAAACUAAAAUUACAAUAAGAAAAUGAUAUAAUUUUUGUUUAUCAGUA